AACAAUAAGAUGAUGACCUGAAGAUCAUGACUGAGGCAUCGAGCAUUGACUCGUUGCUCGCCAGUCCAUACCAGCCUGCCAACGCUCUAUCUUCGCUUCUUUCUCCCAUUUACCACGUCGUAGAGUGAACUCUCCUGAUUGUCCAGCAGCAUCAAAGAUGCGCUACCACUUCACGUCCUCCCCAUCUACCGGCCUCGCUCUACCUCUGGCGGUCCUGCUCUGCGGCCUCGCCCUACUUCCCGGCCUGCUCAACGUCGUCCUCGCCCUGCCUGCAGGGGGCAGAGCCAAUCACCAACUCGACGGUGGUCUUGGUCUCACCAUCCGCGCUCGCCCGCAUCGCCUGGUCAAGAUGGCUUGCGAGUACUACAUCAUCGCCUGCGGGGCGCAGCAUCGUAAUGGGACGAAGAAGGGGGGUCCGGACACGCUGCAAGGUGGGGCUACGGGGGUGCGCUUGGAGCUUGGCGAAGAGAAAGAGCCCUUCAGUGGGAAGCGAGAGGGGGAUGGGUGUGGUGGGGAGGGGAUAGGGUGCGUGCGCGGUACGGAACACCGAGAACUUGCAGGAUUGAGGAGGGGCUGAGUGCGAGUAAAGUGUGACGGCAUGAGGCGAUCUUGAGGUCGAGCAUGCGAUGACUCCUGUCUCGUUGGUGAUAGGCGUCCAUGCAAAACACAAACCGUGGUCAGAUCAGACGAGUUUGAAAGCUACCGCACUGCCUUGUCACGACAUUGGAUCAUUCCUUGGUAAUCGAUCUCAGCUUUCUUCUGCAACAUGACCUCGUCAAUCGCUCGCACGC